GAGAAAGUUCUGCGCGGGGGGUCACUUGGCAGGUGGACAAUAUGGGGGGAGGGCCGAGUAGCCUAAGUCAGGGGGCAGGAGGCCAUCCCUCCAAGCCGAACUACAUCUCCCAUCAGGCGCUGGGCCCGAGCGGCACACACACGCUGCGGCCUCCCCUGUUAGAAAUGCGUUGCCAUAGAGACAGGUUAUGGGGCGAGGACAAAGCUCCCGGAAGUGACGUAAAAAAUCGGAAGUGCCCGAUCCUCCGGUCCAGGGCACGGGGUCAGUGUCCGUUCGCGACGGCGGCGGGGCUCCGUGCGACGUCUCAGGAGGCGGCAGAAUUCCGAGCCUUGGACCAUGGCUGUGGCCCCAAACCCUCAGGUUCCCAUUCCACAGGAGGAGGAUGGGCUUCUGAUUGUGAAGAUCGAAGAGGAGGAAGGGAACCCAUGGGAGCCGCAGCCCCUCACGCAGAGGGCUGGAGAGACCCCCGAGCUGGUGGACUACCACCAGCGUUUCCGCGCUUUCCGCUACCAGGAGGCAGCAGGGCCCCGUGAGGCGCUGAGCCGGCUCCGCGAGCUCUGCCACCAAUGGCUGAGGCCAGAAAUACGCACUAAGGAGCAGAUUGUGGAGCUGCUCAUUCUAGAGCAGUUCCUGAGCGUCCUACCCCCGGAGACCAGGCCCUGGGUGGAAGCCCAAUGCCCUGGGAGUGGGGAGGAGGCUGUGGCCUUGGUGGAGGACUUGGCCCACAUGUUUCCACACAGUGCUCUGCUUUCAGCCCAGGUCCCCGCCCAUCCUGCAGAUGUGGGGAGCCUCAGAGACCAGGAAGCCAAGCUCUCUGACAAAUGCCAGCGGGUCAGAGAUGGGGCAGCCCUGGGCAAAGGGAGGGGAAAGAACUAUUCAGUUGAGCUCCUCAGAGAUGUUGACAUGGACCAGGCCUCCCUGCGGGCCAAGAGGUCCCUGAGCGAGAUCGACAGCCGGAGGACCAAGAGAGACCGCAAAGCCAUUAAUUUACACGUCAAGCUGGAAGUGCUGCGCCGAUUCGCGGCAGGCGAGAAGCUCAGCCGCAUCGCCAAGGCCCUGGGGCUCUCCACCUCCACCGUGGCCACCAUCCGAGACAACCGGGAAAAGAUCCGGGCCAGCUCUCUGGCGGCCACACCUCAGGUGGCCACCAAGCUAACCAGAAGCCGGAGCCUGGUGAUGGAGAACAUGGAGCGGCUGCUGAGCGUCUGGAUCGAGGACCAGAACCAGCGCGGGGUGCCGGUCAACGUCUCCACCAUCCAGGACAAGGCCAAGAGCCUAUUCCAGGAUCUGAAGCGGGAGCAGGGCCAGGGUGCCGAGGCCGAGACCUUCGGAGCCAGCCGCGGCUGGUUCACCAGGUUCAAAGCCCGCCACAGCCUGCCCAACCUGGGCACUAGCAGUGAAACGGUCAGCACAGAUCCAGAAGCUGCGGCCAAGUACCCCGAGGCCCUGAGGAAAGUCAUCCAGGAGGGGGGCUACACGCCCCAGCAGGUGUUCAACGUGGACGAGAUGGGGCUCUUCUGGAAGCGCCUGCCCGACAGGACCUUCAUCUCGAUGGAGGAGAAAACCGCGUCAGGCUUUAAGGCAGCCAGGGACCUUCUGACCCUCCUCCUGGGGGGCAACGCCGCGGGUGACUUCAAGCUCAAGCCGCUGCUGGUCUACCAUUCAGAGAGCCCCCGCGCCCUCAAGGGCUUCUCCAAGCCCAACCUGCCCGUGAUCUGGCGCUCCCACAAGAAGGCCUGGGUGACCAUGAGCCUCUUCCAGGAGUGGUUCGUGCACUUUUUUUGCCCGGCCGUGGAGAAAUACUGCGCCCAGAACAACCUCCCCAACAAGGCGCUGCUGAUCCUGGACAACGCCCCGGGCCACCCGGGAAACCUAGACGACCUGUCCGACAACGUGCGGGUGGAGUACCUCCCCAAGAACACCACGUCCCUGAUCCAGCCCAUGAACCAAGGCGUGAUCGCCACCUUCAAGGCUUGCUACCUGCGGAGGGUCUUCCACCUGCUGCAGCAGAGAGCCCACAGGGACGACAAGGGCACGAUCCGGGAGUUCUGGCGGAACUACAACAUCCUCAACGCCGUGUACAACAUCUCCGAGUCGUGGGAGGAGCUCGCCGAGUCCACCCUGAACUCGGGCUGGAAGAAGCUCUGGCCCGAGUGUGUGUCGGACGAGCGCGAGUCUCUGCCCGCCGAGGCCAUCGCGCAGAUCGAGCAGGACAUCGUGAACCUGGCGCACGAGCUGGGCUUCCGGGACGUGGUGGAGGCCGACGUGGUGCAGCUGCUGCAGAACCACGGCGCCGACCUGUCCAAUGAGGAGCUGAUGCAGCUGGAGCAGGAGCGCGCGGCCGGCGAGGAGAGCGAGGACGCCCCGCCCGCCCCCCGCCAGCUGACCGCCAAGCGCCUGGCCAAGGCGCUCUCGCACUUCGACGCCGGCCUCCAGAUCCUCACCGACAACGACCCCAACCUGGAGCGCAGCCUGAGGGUGUCCCGAGGCGUCCACAGCCUCAUCAGCUGCUACCGGGACAUGUACCUGGAGAAGAAGCAGGGCUCCAAAUAGGGGGCCGCCCCCUCCAGCCGCAGCCGCUGCGGAGACUCGGGCCCAGCGCUCAGUUUACUUUGAAAAAUACAUGCUUUUUGAAAGUUU